CCGUCUUGCUGGCUGGUGGGUGUGUGUGGCGAAACCGUGUUCCUCACACCAUGGCGACAGAGGACGUGGACGAUUACCACGAGCAGCUGGUGGAAAAGUGUGCAGACAUUGAGCAUGCCAUUGCCAACCUGGGCACCAACCCGGACAUGACAUUGGAGGAGGAGAUUGGCGAGGUGAAGCAGGACCUCAAAUGGGCUAAGCAGCUGAUGAUGUCGUACCGGGUGGAGCUUCGCGACCUGACGACGGUCCAGCAGGCGACGUACCGGCAGAAGACCAAGGCGCACACACAGCGGCUGCAGCAGCUGCAGGUCGAUCUCAACAUGGCGGUGAAGGAGGCCAAGCGGCAGGCGCUGUUGCCUGCUGCCGGCGAGGAGGGCGUGGAGCUGGGCACCCGCGAGACGCUGUCACAGGCAGAGGCGCUGCAGGGCCAGUCGCAAGCCUCGGUCGCCCGCUCGAGGGCUAUGGUUGAGGACACCAUCGAGGUGGCGGCAUCAACAGCAACCACCCUGCAGGGCCAGACCGAGCAGCUGGGCCGCAUCCACGCAGGCGUCGAGGAGGUCGAGUCCAACAUGAAGCGCGCUGACCGCCAGCUGCGCAUCUUUGCCCGCCGCAUGAUGACCGACAAGAUCAUCCUCUGCCUCAUCUUUUGCAUCGUCGUCGCCUUUAUCAUGGUCAUCAUCUACUCGAGCAUCAAGGGCCGCAACGACAAGGAGACGUCGGCGCCUGAUGAGUUCAAGCCGCAGUAAAAGCCGAGUUGCCCG